GAGCUCUGCAAGGGCUGCGAGAGAAUCUCUGCCCACGGACUUGCUUUGCUCUGCAGUCUCUCCAUGAUACUGAAUAACACCGGCAGGAGGAACAGAACAUCAAGAGUGAAUAUAUGAAGGAAAAUAUUGAGAAACCUGCUGAAGAUGAGGCGCCUGAAUCGGAAGAAGACCUUGAAUUUAAUGAAAGAGUUGGAUGCCUUUCCAAAAGUUCCUGAAAGCUACAUUGAGACGUCUGCAAGCGGAGGAACAGUUUCUCUAAUCGCAUUUACUACUAUGGCUCUUUUAACCAUCAUGGAGUUUACAGUCUAUCAAGACACCUGGAUGAAAUAUGAAUAUGAAGUAGAUAAGGAUUUUAUUAGUAAAUUAAGAAUCAAUAUAGAUAUUACCGUUGCAAUGAAGUGUCAGUACAUCGGGGCUGACGUGUUGGAUUUGGCAGAAACAAUGGUGGCCUCCGCUGAUGGAUUAGUUUAUGAGCCAGUAAUAUUUGAGCUCAGCCCCAUGCAAAAAGAAUGGCAAAGGAUGCUGCAUAUAAUCCAGAGCAGGCUGCAGGAAGAACACUCACUUCAAGAUGUAAUAUUCAAAAGUGCUUUUAAAAGUGCUUCAACAGCCUUACCACCCAGGGAAGACAACUCAUUGCAGCCCCCAGAUGCUUGCAGAAUUCAUGGGCACCUGUACGUUAAUAAAGUGGCAGGAAACUUUCACAUAACUGUGGGCAAAGCAAUUCCGCAUCCGAGAGGCCACGCACAUUUGGCAGCCCUCGUGAGCCAUGAGUCAUACAAUUUCUCCCAUAGGAUAGAUCACUUGUCUUUUGGAGAGCUCAUCCCAGGCAUUAUUAAUCCUUUAGAUGGUACAGAAAAGAUUGCAUCAGAUCACAACCAGAUGUUCCAGUACUUUAUCACAAUUGUGCCAACAAAACUCCAUACGUCUAAAAUUUCAGCAGAAACUCAUCAGUUUUCAGUUACAGAAAGGGAAAGAGUGAUCAAUCACGCAGCUGGCAGCCAUGGGGUGUCAGGGAUUUUCAUGAAAUACGACAUCAGUUCCCUGAUGGUGACAGUGACAGAAGAGCACAUGCCGUUCUGGCAGUUCUUGGUGAGACUUUGUGGUAUCGUUGGAGGAAUCUUCUCUACUACAGGAAUUUUACAUGGCAUUGGAAGAUUCAUUGUGGAAAUUGUCUGCUGUCGUUUCAAGCUAGGCUCUUCUAAAUCUACAUCUGUCACGCAUCAAGACGGUCACUUAAAUAACCACGUACCUCUCACAACAGAUGACACUAUGCAUUAGCACCUUCUGCAGAAACUGUUUUUGCUUGCUUUCUGCCUGAUGCAGAAGACAUUUUUUAUAACAAAAAAACAUUGUGCAAUAUGUUGCGACAGUGCUUGAUUGGGAGCAGGAA